CACACACACACGAUGCUUGCCGGUGCAGCCAUGGCUCCCGCUCGUGCGCCGUCCCCGCGAUUCUGAAGCUGACCUCGAGGAGAAGGAAGUGGGAGGAUGAACGAUCGGUGCUAGGAAGCAGCGGGGACGAAGGACUGAGACCCGGAAUGAUGGAUAGGAUCUUGGUUGCCUGACGGGUAAUAUUCUCCUCAACGAGGCCUGGGGGUGGAGUUGGCGCGACCGCGGCCAUGGCGAAGGAACGGCAACACUGCGGGAAUGAGUUGAUAUGAGGCGAAGACUUUCUUGGGAAUGAGCCAGAGAUCUGUUGAACGAUCCUGCAGCCCUCAGCUCCUCGUCUGAAACCUGCUCUGGCUGCAACACGGAUCGGGCACAAAGGGGAAAGGAGCGAUGAGCUCAAGCAUGUUUGACGAGGGGUUUUUUCCUAAGGAGCAAUUCACACCUCGCACUGGGAGCCAUCACGAGGAUGAGAUGAAAGGCUACUUGUCAAGCAGCCAGUCCAAAAGAAAGAACAUAGUAGACAUCUCACAAAUUUACAACAGGCUCAAGAUCGAUAGAGCACUCUCACCCGAAGCAAUUGAAUGGGCGCGCAACUGCUUUGUACGAUACGACAACUUGGAACAAAAAUCCAACGAUGAUGAAGUCCGAGAUAUUUUUUCAGGAGAGCUGAACAUGAAAGAAAUGAAGAAUGCAUUGAUCUUGGGUGGUCAGAAGGAUAUCACAGACGAGAAACUUCUGACGAUGAUACGUCAAAUUGGAAAGUUGGAUCACCCAAACCUCAGGGUCAACUUCAAGGAGUUUUCUAUGAUGUGCUGGAACGAGUUUUUCAAGCCGGAGGAAGAGGACGAGAACUCGGGAGAUGUCAAAGAUGCGUUUGAAAUUCUAGGUGGUGCUUCAGAUGGGACUGGCGCGGUCAGUAUACACAAGUUGAGGAACUUUGCAGAGAGGGCAGAACUGACCAUCGACAUUGACAAGUUUGUGGCUGAGGUCGACGAUGAUCAUUCUGGAAUGGUUGACUUCAAAGAGUUCAGCAGAUUGUUCAAGAACGUCCACACGGACUCGAACCUGCAUGGCAAGGGUAGUUAUCUUUUACGGCAUGUCAGCUCGGACCAAGGCCUGGAUGAGAAGCAAAGAAGUUCGAUUCCAAACUCGCUUACCAUAGUGACAGAGGACGAGAAGGAGAAUGAAAUCUAUCCAGAGCAACAUGCUGCACAAGGAAGGGGUCUGGAAUGCUCCAAUCGAAGCGGAUGGCGGACUGGGGAUUCAUUUUUCCAGUACAGCCUCACGCCCGAUAUGGACAGCGUGAAAACUCCGCUUGCUCCCAGAACCAAGAAGGUUGUACACCAAACAGCGCAUUCGUUUGAGAAAACGUUUUCGCCGAACUCCACCAGAGUGAAAUGCAGAAACGGGUGGAGGUUCAGAGACUACAGCAAGAACAGCCAUCAUGAAGGUGGAUACAACGAAUAUAACGUCAGGGACGAGAACCUCCUCAAAUCUCUUGACGAGAAGAUCAAACUCAGAAGCAAAGGCGCAGAGUUCACUCUGAAACAUCCGUCAUCUAGCAAGAUUGGUGUUCGACUGUCUUCGGAAUUGAGACUGCUGAAGAUGACAAAGGAAUUCACUCGAGUAAGGUCUGCAAACACUGUGAGGACCAACAGUACUGCAGUCAGCGUGGAUAGACUACGCCCUGCUACCUCCACGGGAUUCCACGACUACCUUCCUUCCUUCUCACCGCCAGGGAACAGUCCUGUGUUGAACUCAGUCAAGAGCGGCCGGCUGGCAGCAACGUCGAGCACGAGAGCUUCAUCGAAUCGGACGAUCCGCAACUACAGGGACCCCAACAGGCCGAGGCCAUGGACGAACAACAUGAAGACGCAGUCAGAAACCUUAGCGACGGAAGAGCUCCUGAAGCGAGCCAGCGAGGUUGGGCUUUAUCAUGGCGCAGGAGGCUUCUUUGGCGCAGGAAUCAGCUUUCUGGAUGAUACAUGAGAGUUUUACUGGAAACAAAGGGGAGUGGGAAGAGUACAGUCGCUGCCAUGCCUGACAGCCAUGAGCUC